UAAGACAGCCAAGGUGUGCCAAGAAGUCACGAGACGGCAGGUCCCGGGCGCCGCGGUGGGGGCGGCGCAGACGACCUCCAGCACCAUGGCCAGCCAGUCGCAGGGUGUGCAGCAGCUCCUCGCCGCCGAGAAGAAGGCCGCCGAGAAGGUGGCGGAGGCCAGGAAGCGGAAGGCUCGCAGGCUCAAGCAGGCCAAGGACGAGGCUCAGGCUGAGAUUGAGAAGUUCAGGCAGGAGAGAGAGCGCCAGUUUAAGGACUACGAGCUCAAGCACCUUGGGUCUCAGGACGACAUUGCUCUCAAGAUCAAGAGUGAUACACACGUAAAGAUCUCUGCCAUGAACAAGCAGGUGGCCUACAACAAGGACAGGGUUAUCGAGCGCAUCAUUCAGAUGGUCAAGGACAUCAAGCCGGAACUCCACAUCAACGCCAAGAGAGAGUAGCUUGUUCUGUGCCGGUGUGUUGCGAGUCCCUAACUUAACACAAACCUGUGAAGUCAGUCUUGUGCUUGUAGGGUUCAUCGUGUACUUAGAUGUGUGUGUAAUGUUCUUCCCUCUCGGUGUACAUAAUGGUGUUUAAAUAUGUUUUUAUGUCGGAUGUAAGUGGAUGAUCUUGUAAAUUAUUUUGCAGAACGUCUCAGAUGGUUGUUAUGCCUUAGGAGAAAGUUUAUUAUUAUUAUUCAUCCUUCAUUCCAGUGAUGCAGUUGUUACUGGUCAUUGAGUUGAUCAUUGCUUCUGCAACACAAGAUGGCACAAUGUUAAGCUAAUCAAUGGUUAUUACCAUUCAAAACUGAGAUUGUGUAUAUGAUAGCAAUAUGUUGUAUAGGUAUUUUAUCUUGUACAAAUUCACUGUUCUAAUUUAAAAAUGUUUUUUUGAUUUGUGCAGUAACAUAUCAGUGGACAACUAGAACCUUUUUCUUACCUGGUAACUUGCAAGGAGUCAAAACAAUGCAGAUGGAUUCAGAGAAAUAAUAUUUACACUCAGUAACAACAAUAACAAUGUAACAAUGAAUUACUAGCCUCAGACAAGACCAGAAGCAAUGUUGUGUGUAGCUUGACAAAAGAAUAAAUUGAGAAAAACUACAA